AUGGGUCUGGAUUUGCAAAUGCUAUUUUCGUCCUCGUGCAGUAUCAAAGCAUCCCUGGUCCGAGCAUCACCGCUGAUCAGAUUGCUGAGUUUCGUGGCGUACGCUGUCCCUCUCCCAGAUGGCACGGUACACACCUCCAGACACGCGACUCCGAAACUCCGCUCCCUUUGCCCAACCCCGUUUCCAUCAGAGAUCGUGUGGCAAGGAAGCAGUCCCGCUGGCCGGCUCUUCCGGUUGAUGAGAAUUCAAUAUUUCGUUUCCCCACUUGCCGCACCCGGCGAUCACUCUUCUGCCGAGGCUCAACUCGCAGAUAGCAUGGGUUCUAAUUGCUGUUAG